AUGUCGGAGCAGAGCGCAGACAAACCGCCGCUCAGUCCGGAACAGAACGGCGACUCUGUGAACCCCAGGGCGGUCUGUCCCGCGUGUCGACGGCUGUACCGGGACCCGCGGAUCCUGCCCUGCCUGCACACCUUCUGCUCGGACUGCAUCGCCCAGCUGGAGCCCUUUUCCGCGUCUCCGCCGCGCGGCCGCCGCGACGCGCCGGAGGCGGAGGACCGAGCCGCCGUCACCGUGCUCUGCCCCGACUGCGACUCCGAGGUGGACCUGCCUCCGUCGGGGCCGGCCGGGCUGAGCGUCGACCACCUGGCGCUGGAUGAGGUGUUCCUGGAGACGCUGGUGAGCGACGGGCCGCUGGGCUGCGACCUGUGCGGCGAAGGAGGCGCCGAGAGCCGCUGCGAGGUUUGCUGCGUCAACCUGUGCGCGUUCUGCUGCCAGGCGCACAGGCGUCAGAAGCGAACAGCGUCCCACUCCGUUCAGGCUCUGGAGGACCUGAAGGCCCGAGGGCGCCUCUGCCGGCCCGUCUUGUGCUCGCUGCACCCCGGCCAGGAGCUCCGGCUCUUCUGCCAGCCCUGCGACCUCCCCGUCUGCCUGGAGUGCGCCGCCACGCUGCACCGCGACCACCGCUGCUGCCCCACGCAGGACGUCAUCGAUCGCCACGGAGACCGCAUCCGGGAGCUGGUCGCCGGGCGGCUGCGUCCUCGACUGGAGCGUCUGGAGGAGUCGCUGCAGAAGGUGGAAUCUUCCCAGGAGGCUCUGCAGACGCGAGUGGAGGCGACGGCCAGCGAGGUGAGGGCGUUCGCUCGAGGCUACGCCAGCGCCGUGGAGCAGCACUGCGUGGCGCUGCUGCGUCGCCUCGAGGAGCUCCGAGUCCAACGAAGGAACCAGCUCCACCUGCAGGGGGCGCAGCUGCGUCAGGCGCUGCUCGACGUCCGUGGCGGCGUCGAGUUCGCCGAGCGGCUGCUGAGCUGCGGCUCCGACGCCGAGAUCCUCAGCGCCAAGGGGGUGACGCUGAGGAGGCUGACCACCCUGUCGGAGCGCGGCUACGACCCCCGCCCGGCAACCGUCGCCCCCGACGACGACGACGGCAUCUGCUUCAUGGCCAGCGAGCCGGCGGGGGAGGUGGAGGGAUACCCGGUGGUCGGAGUGAUCAACUCCAGGACGGUGGACGUCAGCAGGUGCACCGUCGAAGGAGAAGGUCUUCAGAGGGGCGUCCAAGGCCAGAGAGGAACCUUCACCCUGGUGUGCCGAGACCCGGCCGGAGAGCAGAUGGCUCGAGGUGGAGAAAACGUCCAGGUCAGCAUCGUCCACAAGGACAAGAAGAACUGCACGGUGGAGACGACGGUGGCGGACAACAGCGACGGAUCCUACAGCGUUUCGUUCACACCUGAGGAGCCGGGAGUUUACUCGGUGUGGGUUUGUGUCAAAGCCCAACACGUGAAGGGUUCUCCGUUUGCUCUGAACGUGAAGAGGAAGCUGAGGAGCCACAGCGGGACGUUCCACUGCUGCUCGUUCUGCUCCAGCGGAGGAGCUAAAGAGGCUCGAUGUGGCUGCACAGGAACCAUGCCAGGAGGCUUUAAAGGCUGCGGUCACGGCCAUAAGGGACACCCGGGGAAGCCUCACUGGUCCUGUUGCGGCAGCACGCUGCAGCAGUCCCAGUGUUUGCCUGCUAGCGUCCUGGCUGCAGUUUCCUCUCGCGGCCACCUGAGAACGGUGGAGCUGUGAAGGCGCCGAGACGACCCGUCCGGAUGAUGCAAGUCCGCGCAGGACGGCGGCAAGACAAGGUUUCCCGUUUGAAAUCUUGGGACGACUGGAACAGAUCAGACGGAGGAAGUGAAACUGUGAAGACACAGCGAGUGACGUAAGCCGACGGCGAUGCAGCAGAAUGUGAGAUCAGCCCUGAGAGCUCUGGGCCUGUUGCUUCAGUCUUUAUACAUCACAUAGAGACAUGUUUAUUACGCCCAUGUUGGUGUCUUGUUCUCACCACAUCACCUGGUUUAUGAUCUGACUAUUAUUGCUUCACUUUAACCAACUAUAUGAACAUUUUGGGCUCAAAAACACACAAAAAAUAUAAAAAUCUGAUUUGAAAAAAUAUAUUUAUUACAAUAAAAACCACAAACGUGCUGAACGAAGCAUUUUGAAAGAUGAAAAUGUGACCAUAGGUUCCAAAUAUGAACAUGAAAAGAUAGAUUUGAUAUAAAAUCAAACAAAUACCGUAAUUUCUGGACUAUGAGGGCACCUGAAUAUCAGCCACACCCGCUAACUUUAAAAAGAAAACCAGUUUUGUGCAUCUACAGGAUGCACUUGUCUCUAAGCUGCAGGUGUCCACGUUGUAACAUGAGAUAUUUACACAGAAAGAUGUUUUUAACUUUUAAUUCAAUACGUACACGAAUACGUGAGAAAAAGUAGCAGCUCAUAGUCCAGACAUUACGGUAAUAUACGAAGCAGGUGUGUCUUUCUUUCUGUUUUUAUCGAUUCCACUCCUGAAAACAGUUUGUGUCCAGAAUGAUGCACAUCAGGAGCUGCACUUCAGGGACUUUCUUUCACUUUCGUUUUGUAAAACCACAAAAAAUUCUAAAGAUGUUGACAGAAAUGCGACGCGUGUUUCAUACGCAAGUUUUUUUUCACACGUUCAUAGCAUCAUAUCUCCGGUUUUACGUGUUCUAUCGACGUGAAACUCAAACUGGGAGAGAGUUUAAAGUCUGAACUUUCAAGUGAAGGUGCCGUGACACCUCGAACAUGUUUUAUUAUUAUAUGAUGCUGGUGUGACGGCGGACCUCGGUGGAGGGUUCAGUCUUAAAGUGCCUUUUGGUCUAAACGCUGCUAAAGAAGAAAGACAAUGAACAUCUACUCCUGAAUCUAAUGUGUUAAAAUGAUGCAGUUUUCCUCGAUAACACAACCUCCAAUCUUGUACCGAUGAGCCGUAGGACCCGGUUGUGCCGCCAGUAAUGAACCACUUCGGUAAACAGAGAGCGUUCUGAGAGUUGAGCUCAUAAAGGAGCACCGUGACAGAGACGCUUAUGAGGUUUACUGACCUCAAGCCAAAAAAGAGGAAGAAGGUAGGACAGUGAUUUCACAUUUCUGCUGCACGUCUUACAGUCGGCUGUGCAGCUCGUCAACACAUUUCUGCAAAACAACAGUUAAAAAUAAGAAAAAUAUCCGUCAUAGGUCGGAGCUGGUAGCUUCCAAUUUCCUCUAAUUCGAUUUGGGACGUCCUGAAGAGGAAGAUGUGCCGUGUUUGGUGUUUGGUUCGUCUUUCUGCCGUCAGACUGAUUAGUUUAACCCUCAAUCUGUUCCGUUAAUCUGACGAAGCGGACUUUGCAGUAAAAGUCGUCUCACGAGGUUAAACAGACUGAUGUUAUGGCGAUGUUACACAUCCCACGUCUGAGAAGAAUCACCACAUAGCACAACUAAAUAAAGUACAAAUAAACAUGAAAUAUAAAUCCUCAAACACAACUACGAGGCUGUAAAACACACUGUAAAGUUUUGUUGAUCAGCGUGUUUAGUAAAGAACAUAUUAAACAAUCUACAGACUGUAUAUUUAGCAUCAAUAUUCUACUUUUAUUUAGACUUUUUUAGCGAUGUCAUGUAUUUAUAAAGAUGUUUCCGUGUCAACAAAUACCACCAUGAUGGUAGGGGUCACUUAGUGUCAUCUCAUUUCUGCAGCUUAUUUGUUGUUUUGUCCUUUUCUGCUGCUGUACUGUCACAUCUUCCUGCUCACGACAUUAUUACUGAAAAACACCUGCACAUUUAUUAUUAUUAGAAUGUAGAAUUUAAUGCUAAUGAAUACCGACCAGGUGCGUAAACUUACCAAAUAAUUCGUACUGACCUCCUACGUAUUUGUUGCGUCUAUUAGAAGUGACAGUUUAGUGAUUUUAACUCCAGAUGAUUCUGCUGAUAAUCACAGCGUGCUGCCAAAUACUGUCUCAGGUUGUGAAUUCUGAUUCUACUGUAAACGGAAGCAGCUCAGUGGAGACUGGAGCAACACAGAGUCUCACCCAGAAGGUUAAAGCUCAGCUUUCUGCCUCCUCCACCGUGUGCAGGAGAUGAUUUCUCAUCAUUGUUGGUGGAACAAUGAAGUCAAUCUGCACACGAUGACGGUUCUCCUUCUGCAGCUGCUGCUUCACGCCGACUCCUCCAAGGUUCAGUCAAACGUUUGUGUAAUGUUUUGUGUUCUGAAUGAGACGAACGUGAGCUUUUUUAGUACAACUAUGCAAAUGCCUAAAAUCUUCUCGACUUGUGGUCCAACAUCUUCAGAACAACCUCUGAAACGCUGUGAACUGUACGUUCAUGUGUGUGUUCUCGUUUUGCAGCAUUUUUUACUGAAGAAAUAAACCUGAAGAGUGAAA